GGCGGCAUCUUAUCUGAACUUGCUCCGCUUUGUAUUUGUAGAUCUCCAUCGUGGCGAUGUGAAGCGGGAGUCAAAAGCUGGGUAUACCUGGGGUGUGGUCUAAAGAAAGGGCCUGAAGGCAUACGUGCUAUGACAUGCAAUGAAGAUUACGAAGACUCAGUUCACUUUUCCUUGAUCUACGAUGUUGUUGACAUUGAACUUCUGGCCUGCUGUUCUUACUCUGGUGCAGUGUGACGAUGAGAGGAUAGUAAGAAUGACUGCUGAUAUGUGCUUGCUUUACCCAAUCGAUAGGAAUUACGAUUGCUCAACAUGCUUUUCUUAUUACUCAUCUAUCAUACACAACAGUUCUGCCACCCAUCCGCUAUCUACUCAGUCUGUGACAUUGAUAAAACAAUCCAUACCACGAAUAACAACCAGUUAUUACUGCUCUUCAGUUAUACAAUACUUGUCCCCUGCUGAUCGCAUACAUGCACGUUGUCCAAAAAUACGCCGAUACACACUCCUCACACGCUCUCCGUAACAGCGCUUUGAACCCGCAAAGACCUGUCCAAAUUUCCUCCCUCCUGCCU